AUGCAACAUCCGAGCAAUCAGCAGAUUCAACCUAUUGAUUCCCUGACCCCAUUUUUGGGCGGAAAGUGGUGGAUUCGGGCCCGUGUGACAGACAAGUCGGAUGUGCGCACGUGGAAUAAGCCGACGUCGCAGGGUAAACUUUUCUCCUUUACCUUGAUUGAUGAAUCUGCCUCUAUUCGUGCAACAGUCUUUAACGACGCCGUGGACCUGUUCAACCCGCUCAUUGUGAACGGCCAGGUAUAUUACCUCAGCGGUGGUCAGGUGAAGAAUGCAAAUCGAAAGUUCAGCAACGUCAACAAUGACUACGAGCUGACAUUUGAUGCCUCAAGUCAGAUUUCCUUGGCACGCGACACCAGCAGCGCGGCAAUUCCACUGCAGCGCUACAACUUUGUGCCCAUCAACAUUCUCAAGCAGCGAGAGGUGGGGUCGCUCGUGGAUGUGUUGGCGGUGGUACUGUCUGUGGACGAUCUGGGCUCUAUUACGCAGAAGUCUACAGGACGGGAAUUGGUCAAAAGGAAUGUGAAGGUGGGAGACAGUUCGGCGGCCGUUGAAGUGACGCUGUGGAACGAUCAGGCGAAGGGGUGGACGUACGUGCCAGGCACCGUGCUAGCGAUGCGCCAGCUGAAGGUGGGCAGCUUUGAUGGGGUGACGCUCUCCGCAACAUUUCAAUCCGCCUUUGACGUGAACCCAAACAUCCCGGAUGUCAAGAAACUUUCUGACUGGUACAUCUCCACUGGCGGACGCGAUGUGUCGUCGCUCUCCUCUGUGGGGAUAGCGAACGGCGCCAAUGUGGGCGGCGAGAACAAUCGUGGUCGAAAGUAUUUUGACGACAUCGCCGCAGAGGGGCUCGGCCGGGGACCUAAGGCAGACUAUAUUGAUGUACGUUGCGUGCCGGUGUAUUUGAAGCAGGAUGCACAGUGGUACGAUGCGUGCCCAAAUUGCAACAAGAAGGUGACCUUGGAAGGUGCACAGGGCGACCGCUACCGCUGUGAGAAGUGCGAUCGGCAGGUGGUUCCUACGCAGCGCUACCUUGUCUCCAUCCAGGCCACGGAUAACGUGUCCCAGAUGUGGCUUACCCUCUUUAAUGAGGCGGGCGUUGAGUUCUUUGGUAUGCAGGCCACUGAACUUAAGAAGCAGCAGGAGGCUGACCCUAUGUUCGUCACUAGAAUUGCGCAGAUGCGCAUAAACCGCCCAGUACAAAUGCGACUGCGGGUAAAGGAGGAGAACUCCGCCAACGCAGCGAGCGGCGAGGCGUCCGAUCGCGUGCGCCUCACAGUUAUGCGUAUAAACGAAUUUAUGCCGCUUGAUACUGUUUCCGAGGAGACGCGUCAGGCGAUGGCGACGCAGUUGAAGGCGGAGUGUGAAGAUAUGAUCCGUAGCAUUGAGGCCUAUUUGUAG